GUCGAGUUCUUGUGUUUUUCUUUUUCUUCUUUUUUCUGACUUUCGUUUUUUUUCCAAAAAAGAUCCAACUUUUACUAUAAGGUCUCAUUUGCAUGGAUUGGCAGAUUUCCGCUGUUGAUCUCGGCUAUCUAUGGUUGACGGCGAAGAUCGGGCAUGUGUUGGAGGUUGGAGGAGAUCGCACGAGGGGAAGGAGGAGAUCGGAAGAGGACGCACGAGAGGGAGGAGGUCGCACAAGGAGGAGGAGGUCGCGCGAGGGGGAGGAGGUCGCACAAGGAGGAGGAGGUUGUGUGAGGGGGAGGAGGUCGCACAAGGAGGAGGAGGUCGUGCGAGGGGGAAGCGAACGUCGUGCAAGGGGGAGGAGGAGGUCAGAAGAGAUGUGGGAGGAGGUCGUGCGAGGGGGAUGAGGAGACGUGACGAAGCAACUCAACGAGCGCAUCGAUCACGUCGUCACCAUCAUCGGCGACAUAGUACUUUCAACGGACCAGACUCGAUCAGCAGCACGGUGGCCGCCAUCAAGACGGACAUCACCAAGCUACAGACGAGACGGGAAGCCGCUACAAAGACGUUCAAGAUGCCGCACUUCGACAUCAGCAAGUUCGACGAUUACAACAAGUCGGACGCCUUGUCAUGGUGGCAAUGCUUCCUCACAGAAGCAUCAUGCCGCAUGGUCCCGGCGGACGACAUGUUGAAGGCAGUAUAUCUGCAGCUGAUUGGAGGAGCGCAGGGAUGGAUGAACCACCUAGCGGCUACACACAAGUGCACUAUCGCCGAACUCCACACGCACAUUACGUGGAAGGAGUUCGAGCAGCUAUGGUUCACCAGAUUCAUGGUCCGCAACGUCGUGAAGAUGGCCAUGAACGAGGUCUACACAUGCUCUCAAGGGAACAUGCCUACGCGAGAUUGGGCAUCAAAAUGGCAGAAGAUAGUGACCACGCCAGGCUUCGACUUGACGUUCCCUAAUCAACGAUCCGAGUUCUUCUCGAGAUCGUGCGCAGGAUUGCGGUCGGCACUCGACAACGAGUACGACUAUACUACGUUCCAGGCCAUUCUGGAUAGAACGAACUUAGUCAUCCAAACGGACGACAAGGCCGCUAACGAGAGGCAAUCCCAGCCGCAUUAUGUGGCUAAACAGGCCUAUCAACGUCCGGCACAUAACAAUGCCGUGUUUUCUGAGGAAAUCGACGACCACCACGCUGCGGCAUCAUCCUCGAGUGAUGGAGGAAUGGUCGCAGCGCUCCCGCCGAAGCGUCCGAAGAGAGUUCGCAAGAACAAGCCGACACAAGAGACAGCGGCGACGGGAGCUGGGCAGCAGCCAUGGACGGCUUAUAAGAUCACCAAGGAGGUCUAUAUGACCUUCGUCAAAAGUACGCAUACUGCCUAUGGUGCAACAGUGUAGUACACACUACCGCACAAUCCCCGAACAAGGGCAAGGCACGCGUACCCCGUCCAGCAAACUCGGGAAACUGAGUUACGC